AUGCCCCGCGCAGCGUUCCCUCAAGACGACGACAAGGGCGACGACAAGGACCGCCGGAACGUCACGGCCCAUACCAUUGUCAAGUUACUCGCGGGCCACGGCCGCAGCGCGACGACAGGGCGGCCGCUGCCGUCGCUGCGACAGCCGACUGGCAGCCACAGCUCGAGCAGCUCGAGCUCUGUGUCGAGCAGCUCGUGGCUCCCGUCGCUGCCCAAGCUGCUGAUCCCGUCGCGCCGCAGCGGCCAUCCAGUGCCUCUGUCCACGAGUGCAUUUGCAGCGCAAACGCCGACGACGUCCGGCAGCGGGAGUCCAAUCGGUCUGUCGCCAGCCGCUCGUCCACUGGCGGUCCCCCCGCCCGCUGCUCCAGUCACUAGUGGUAGCUCUGCUGCUACUGCUACUGUUGGUGGUGGUGGGCCUGUAGCGGUUUCGAGCGGACCGAAACGCGGUCGACCCGCGACGCUGUGUAAAGUGGCGAACAACUCGCGGAAGCGACAGAAAGACGAACUCACGCGACUGCGCGCGCAGGUUCAGGAGCUCCAGCGCGAGCUCGAACACGUGCGGCUUCGGAUGCCACGACAGUCGUGUGCGAUGAUGUUACGCGCUGCUGAAGAGCGACGAGAGAGAGGGCAGUCGUUGCAGUCGUCGUCGGUCGCGGGUGCUUUGACUGCUGCUGCAGCUACUUCAGGGUCGUUUGUGGACUCUGCUCGUGAGUCCGCUCCUGGUUUUUCGCGCCUGUUGGUUGUGCCUGUGUGGGAACGCAUGGCGCAGCACCAAAAGGAGGAGAAAAGCAAAGCCGAGAUGGAAAACCUGCGGCUAAAGGGACUGAUUCAAGAGCAGCUCAAGAUUUCCAAAGGCCUCGAGAAGCUGCUGCGAAAACGAUGCAAGUCGUCCAUGAGCUCUGGAUCAGAUGCUGAGACGCAGGCUGCGGUGCUUGGCGUCAAGCGGCUUUGUACGAGCGAGACGCAAGAAUCGGCUGUGUACGCGUCGUUGGCGUCUGGCUUGGAAGCCAGGUUGGCUGAACUGGACGCAGUGUUUGAGAAGGGAGGGCUGACGCGGGAGAAACAGGAAGUACAGGAAGCUCAAAUGAUCUUGGACGAGCGUCGGGGACCCGUGAUGGAGGUGAAGGACGCUAAGAUCUUGCCGUUUGACGUGCGGGCAUGCGCAGCUGCAGUGUGGCAGUCGAUGAAAGUCGAGUCCGAAGCCACCGUCGUGGAAGGUGCUACGUGCGAUACGCUCUACUUUAAAAGCCGCAUGCCGCUUCGACAGCAUCGAGCGCCUGAAGUUGAACUCAUCGUCCGAUGCGUAAUGCGACGUGCUGUCGAUGAAGUCUCUGGUCGGGUUGUGUUUGUGUGGGAAUCGGUAGCAGAGUGUCCUGAUCGCCUGCCAUUUAUGAGCUGCAGUGCUAAGGGACUGGAGAUCCGGGACUGUGGGUGGGGACAAUUGGAGGCAGUGCGGACGUCUAACGGUGAACAGUCGAGUAUUUUGAAACUCUGCUCGUACCUGAUGCCCCAGCUGUGUGGUGUAUCGGCGGAGCAAAGUCGGCAACAGAUACCUGGACUGGCUGAACUGGUGGCGCCUUACUACCGUGGAUUGUGGAGUCAGCGGCAGCGCAAUGUGGAAAACAAGCUCAUGAACGGUGCCAUCAGCGCAAAGAACAACCCCGCUGCGCUUAAUGUCGUGCUCAAGCAGGAAGCGGCUUGGUAA